UUGACACAUAUAUAAAUGUAGCGAAACAGAUAUAACAUAUACAGUGAGAAGAAGAUAUGAGAAGGCUUCAAAUCCACAAACCAUCAUGCUUACAUUUCCACCCUCAUGGCCAUAAGCUACCAUGCUUAGAUUGCAAUCCUCAGGGCUUCAUUAGAAUGGUGCAUCAUCUAAUAGAAAGGUGCAUAGUUUUCCGUAUGGGUCGGGAUGAAUGCAUGAGGACGCUUGCUAAGCAUGCUAAUAUUAGUCCUCUUGUUACCUUUACAGUUUGGGAUGAGUUGCUUAAAGAGAAUAAGGUCUUCUUUGAAGCGUACUCACGACGUCGUAUGCUACCAAGCAAUGUAUUGAACAGACACCCACAAGAGACUAGUAAUGGAAGAACAUGGAGGAGGUGACAUAGUUUUUUUUUUUUUUUUUUUUUUUUUUUUUUUUUCAUAAAUGUUUAA